UCGGCAAACACAGCAACAUUCCAAAUUCUAAAGAAAUAAAUCGGAACUGUCCGAUACCGAUAAUAGCAGUAAUAUCAACAGCACAAUUUACUCUCACAGCCUCAGUACAUCAUGAACUUAUUGCGGAAGCUACGAGCCACCUUCAAUGAGUUUUUCUAUCACAACUACCCUUUCAUCUCCAUCUGCAGUUGCUCCGUUGCCAUAAUCACUGCCUAUUUGCACUAUGAAUGGAAGGUGCAUAAAUAUGAUCUGAUGUACUGGAAACAAGUUACCGAGUCCUGCUCUCACGACAUUGAUUACUUCCAACUACUCAUCCUUUUGACUAUUCUGUUCAUCAAUGUAAUAUUUGUUGGAAUUGUUGUCACUGUCUAUCUGCAUCCGCUGGCUGAGACGGCCGAGCUGACGCUGCUUGAGAUUAAGGAUCGCUAUGCUCGCUUCAUACUCCUGCGCCUGAUUGCGCGUCUCGAUCGUGUUCAUGGCAAGUUGUCCUCGAAGCGAAGGCGUCUUACCUUCCAGCAUUAUGCCCGUGCCCACAGUAACAUGGUUAAGGCAGUCGCGCUUUUUCGCAAAGAUGCGCGCAAGUUAAUAUUACCAAACGAGUCUGAGAUCGUGCUGCCCAUAGAAGAGAUCUAUGGGGUGACCGAGGACGAAGAACGAGCGCUUCGAAGAGGCGGCUACUACAAGCUGCCAAUUGACACAACGGAUGAAGCGGUGAGGAGCCUUUUUAAUCCGAAAUAAAAUCUGUGAUAAAAUAAAUAAAAAAGGUGGUUCCGAUUUAAUGUUUA